UCUUCUUCGUUGUGUUAAUUAAGGUUAGUCGGAUUCAGAUCCGCCUCAAUCCUCCAUUUUUACUGAUUUUGUUUUUCUCUACAGAUUAUCAGUUAUUUAUCCUCUCAAUUUUAACUGUUGAUUUUGAAUCUGUAGCUUGCUUCAAUCGAAAAUGUUCCUCACGAGGACGGAGUAUGAUAGAGGAGUCAAUACUUUCUCUCCUGAAGGCAGAUUGUUUCAAGUCGAAUAUGCCAUUGAAGCUAUUAAGUUGGGUUCAACUGCAAUAGGGGUAAAGACUAAGGAAGGAGUAGUUCUUGCCGUGGAGAAGCGCAUUACCUCGCCGCUUUUGGAGCCUAGUAGUGUGGAGAAAAUUAUGGAAAUUGAUCAACAUAUAGGGUGUGCCAUGAGUGGCUUAAUUGCCGAUGCUCGAACACUCGUCGAACAUGCACGGGUUGAAACUCAGAACCAUAGGUUCUCGUAUGGUGAGCCCAUGACAGUCGAGUCAACAACUCAAGCUCUUUGUGAUCUUGCCUUGCGAUUUGGUGAGGGGGAUGAAGAAUCAAUGUCAAGACCUUUUGGUGUCUCUCUUCUCAUUGCUGGUCAUGAUGAGAAUGGUCCCAGCCUUUACUAUACAGAUCCUUCCGGUACUUUCUGGCAAUGCAAUGCGAAAGCCAUUGGAUCAGGUUCCGAAGGUGCUGACAGCUCUUUGCAGGAGCAGUAUAACAAGGACCUGACUCUGAAAGAAGCUGAAACCAUUGCACUCUCCAUCCUGAAGCAAGUUAUGGAGGAGAAGGUUACAGCCAACAAUGUUGAUAUUGCCAAGGUGUCACCAAAUUACCAUCUUUACUCCCCUACUGAAGUGGAAGCAGUUAUCGCUCGACUAUGAAAAAAAAAACACAAAAUCCAUCACUGUGAUUUGUUUUCAUUCUUCCCUUGACCUACAGUUUCGGUUAUUCACGUGCUUGGACCUGUUUUGUGCUGCCGCUACUCUUAUAAUCUUAUGGCUUUUGCGAAUACCAAAUUCGAUGAGAAAACUGUUGUCCUGAGUAUAUGUUAACUUUCUCAUGAGUUGAAUGAAUUUAAAAUACUUCAUUUGAGACAUA